AUGUCAGAGACAUCAGUAAAAGAAAAGAAAGACAGCCAAGUUGACGAGGAGUUGGGAGUGGAUUCGAAUAACAUGGAUAAUUUGAGAAACACGAUUCAAGAUAUCCACAGGGAUGAGAAUGACGAGAAUGUUACCGAGACACAGGCAUAUUCAAGCAUCGAUGGUAGCAGCAGCCCCACAACAUCCACAUCCACAACUAGCAGCAAGAGUUUGAGUGUACAGCGCAAGUCAAUAACUCACGCACAUAACCAACCCACCGUUAAAACACCCCCUUCUACCUGGUUCAAACCGAGCAUGAAGCGUAUCAAGAUGAAUAUCAGUGAGAAGGAUAGACAGGAUAAGCAGGAGGCCCAAGAGACGGACGAAAUUCACGAUGACCACGACGAUAACGAUGACAAGGAUUCGCAGCUCGUUUCUUUUGUUAAGGCGGCUUUCAUGGCAUUCGAUAACACAAACAAGGAAGAAUACGCUGCUUACUUCUCGCCCAACCUCAAAUGCACUAUCAAUGCCCUUCCUUAUACUGUUGAUGGAUUGAAGGAUGUCUAUAACUACAUAACUUCAGCGUGGGUGACAGCGGUCCAGGUUGGGUUCAAGCAUGUUAUAGAACAUCCUCGUCUGAUGGGCAAGUUGGGCGAGGGAGAAGUGGGUGCAGUGGCCGAGCUGAGUGGUAGGGAUAUCUUUGGCACUCGCCACCGCGUGAAUUGCCUAUUCACAAUGGUAGUCUGUGUGGAUGAAGAGAAUGUGCAGGAGGUUAAAGAGUACGUGGAGGUUAUGUCGUAUGACUCCUGA